UUAUUUGGAUUUCAAACGCGACGAUUUUCAAUGGUGAUAUUCUAAAAAGUUUACAAUUAAUAUAUCUUGUGAAUUUUAUUAUACAACAAUUUACAAGUUAUUAAUCUGUUAAUAGUUCAAUAAUAAUUAAAACCAUGACGGAAGUUCAGUUACAAGAGUUUAAACUUGAACCAGAUUCAGAACUUCGGUUUGAAGUCGAAUCAAAGAACGAAAAAGUUGUUUUAGAGGUUAAGAGUGGUUACGCUGAGUUGUUUGGCACAGAGCUGGUUAAAGGUAAACCAUAUGAGUUCCACACGGGAGCCAAGGUAGCAGUGUUCACGUGGCACGGCUGUACGGUAGAACUACGCGGUCGCACGGAAGUCAGCUAUGUGGCGAAGGAAACACCAAUGGUGGUAUACCUCAAUGUACACGCUGCAUUAGAGCAGCAGAGAGUUGCGGCAGAACAGGAAAACACUCGGGGCCCAGUUACUAUGGUGGUUGGGCCGGGUGAUGUCGGCAAGUCCACGCUGACCAGGAUCCUGCUAAACUAUGCUGUGAGAAUGGGGCGUAGGCCUAUAUAUGUGGAUCUUGACGUGGGACAGGGGCAUAUUAGUGUCCCAGGAACCAUUGGUGCACUUCUAGUAGAGCGGCCAGCGUCCAUAGAGGAGGGGUUCAGCCAGCAAGCACCUCUGGUGUACCACUUUGGUCACAAGUCCCCUGAUGAAAAUUUAGAACUAUAUAAUACAAUUGUGUCUCGACUUGCUGAGGUUAUCGCUGAGAGGUGCGAGAAUAAUAAGAAAGCAUCAACAUCAGGCGUAAUAAUUAACACAUGUGGAUGGGUGAAAGGCGCCGGUUAUAAAGUGUUGACGCACGCCGCUCAGGCAUUUGAGGUGGAUGUGAUAUUAGUAUUAGAUAACGAAAGGCUGUACAAUGAAUUGAAACGUGACAUGCCAAAGUUUGUGAAAGUUGUGUACUUGCCCAAAAGUGGAGGGGUUGUAGAACGGUCGAUAUCGCAACGCGCCGAGUUACGGGACGCGCGAAUCCGCGAAUAUUUCUAUGGAAAGAGGACUCCAUACUACCCGCAUUCGUUUGACGUUAAGUUCACAGAUCUUAAAAUAUAUAAGGUGGGCGCGCCGUCGCUGCCCGACUCGUGCAUGCCGCUGGGCAUGCGCGCGGCGGAGGCGCUGACGGCGCUGGUGGCGGUGUGGGCGGGGCCUGCGCUGGCGCACCGCCUGCUCGCCGUCUCCUUCGCGGCCGCGCCCGACGAUCUGGCGCUGCACGCUAACCUCGCGGGCUUCGUGUGCGUGACUGCAGUGGACACAGAGCGACAAACUCUCACAAUUCUGUCGCCGCAGCCGCGACCCCUCCCAAACACUAUUUUGUUACUCUCAGAACUACAGUAUAUGGACAACCACUAGACCGUUUAUGAUAAAACUUUGUUACGAGUCAUUUUACAAAUGAACAUAAUGUAUUUAACCGAAUCGCCCGGUUUCUAUGUCAUAUAUUUUUACUUAUUAUAAUAUUAUCAUUGAAAAAAAAAUGAUAUUAUUAAUGUAAAAAUAUUUUUUUUUUAUUAUAGAAACCGGAUAUGUAAGAUCGAUUUCAAUGGUCGAUAGAUUUUUUGGCUCCUUUAUAAGGAAAUGACUGAAUAAAUCUUUUGAAUGUUUCCAACUACCCUCAUAAAAUAUUUAUUACCAUGGUAAUAUACAUGUUGAAUGUAAUAGCCAAGUAAUGAAAUAAUAUUUAUAAAUUUGUACAUAUUAUUUAUAAGGAUUAAAAUAAAAGAUGAAAAUAAAA